CAUACAUUGACGCGUUUCUCUUCAUUGUGAUCAAACACACCAUCGUGAUCAAAUCUGUAAUGAUUUCAAAGUGAUCAAGACAAUAUGGAGAAUCCACAUGAAGAGAGGCAAUUACUGCUACUGGAACGAAUCAUCAAGAAUGUACAUCUGGUGAAUGAUGCUUUGGUGGAAAUGACGAGAAGUGUAGCAGAGAUUAAUGAAUUCAACAAGAAUGUCACAAUCGUUGGAGAAUUAUGGGAAGGGUAUCGACGAAACGUUGCAUUCAAUCUCAGUAGCAUGGAAGAGCAUGAUCGAGAUUCAAUGGCCACACAAACAGCAGCAGCUGACCGAUAAUACUCACCCACCUUGGGUCCCAUUGUACUUUUAAUGAAUGCAACAUCUGUAUCAUACUACCAAGAAAAAUGAAUGCUUAUGUCAUCUG